AUGAAAGAAGUCAGCUCGGAGUCGAAAAGCAAAGCCAGAGCCUUGGCCCGGCAGGCCUGGCAAAGCCGUUUGGAAGACAUAGAAAAGAUGGAUCCGAAUAUGUGGGCUCUAUAUGAAGACAUUCUCUGCAACGUCGAACCUCAAGUGGCACAGUUGCGGGCUAUAUUCCGAGAUGCCAAGGACAAGAAGACAGAGCGUAUCUGGAAGAGAAAUUGCUCCGAUGGUGAACUGGAUGACACGCGAUUGGUGGAGGGAAUUGCAGGAGAACGCAGUGUGUACAAGAAGCGUGGGGAAGCUGAAGUACGAAACCAGCUCGGCGAAAACACCAGAAGGCAGAAGCGGCGCCUGUGCUUCGUCAUGGACUGCUCUGGUUCAAUGUACCGCUUCAACAGUUUGGAUGGGAUUACGCGAUACUUGGCCACUCUGGAGAGAGUGCUCAUAUCCCCUUUGUAUGCUUCGGGCACCCGCCAGCGUGGGGAGCGGCUUAAGAUCCUCCAGAAGAUGUUGGCACACAGCCAGUUCUGCUUUCCGGGGGACAACACUAUCGAGGCGACGGAUGCCGCCAUAGACUACGUCCCGAGCUUGGACUGCGGGUCGGUCAUUCUGCACGACUCUCGUGUCAAUGCUACCUCACAAUACCUCACGCCCCUGCCCAUGGAUUGGGAGAUAAGACAAGCGUCAUACAAUGUCAUACCCACUCCUGUUCCACAGACGGCUGAUCAUGGUUCUAGUUUGAUUUAUGCCCGGCGUUCCUCGACAGCCAAAUGGCUAUGA